UCUUUCUCUCCUUUCUUUCUCUCUGUGUUCUUUGCAAAUGAGCGUCUCGCUUCUCUGCUGUUGUUUUAAUGGAGUUGGCGCGUAUAAUACAUAUAGUUAGAGUACAGUACCCGUAUAUAUGAAAAUCCAUCAUCCUUUCUUCUGCAUCUUUGCAUGCCUCACCAACUCCCUCGGAGCCUAAAUCCAAAUGCAAAUAAAAUGAAAUGGAAUGGGAUUGAAUUUCGAAGCACCAUUUCAAGGAUGGUCACCGUCGCGAACACCCAGAAGAGCUGGUAAUCUCUUUUGGGUAUCUGGUUUUCAGUCUCUCUGAAUCAAAACCGUUGUGAGUUUUGGGCUUUUGGGAUUGAUAAUCUUCUUCUGUUUUUGUUCUUUCUUUUUUCCCUCUGUCAAUCUGUGUUUGUUUUUAUUAUCUGAAGAUUGGAGAAAUUGACAUAAAAGAUAGAUAGAUAUUAUUGAAAAGAUAUGAAGGACGAAGAAGAACUAGAAAUGUUGUUGGAUGAGAUCCCUCAUGCGACAUCUCUCAAUCUCCAUCACCUCUUUCAGCAACAAAAUCGUCAUGUCGAUGUUCAUGGUGGCUAUGGUCACGGCUCUACUUCUCCACUGACAAUUAAUGGCAUGUAUGAAGAUGAUCCGUCAUAUUAUCAUAAGUACAUGUGUGUCUCUCCUAUUAGUGGAGUCUCUCUGCAAUCCCAAGGCUCUUCUUCGAGUUCCUUCUCUGGUGGCUUGUCCUCUCCCGACGACGGAUCGCCCACUCCACCUCUGUUGGAGGAGAUUAAAUCUCAGGUACCACCGAGAAAUACCCGUUAUCCAAAUGGAUUGUGGCUGGACUCAAAAUUGUCGGAUUCUCCUGUGGGGAAGAAAGCCCAUGAGAACUUGAUGGAUGAACUGAGUUUGCCUGGGAACUUUAGUAGAAUGCUUAUUAGAGAUGACCAAGAGGAUUUAUUGAUGAACAGACCGUUCCAGUCAUCGCCUCAUAUUGCGUUCUGGUUAAAUGAUCAUCCAUUAACAAGGCGAAACCAUGGCAAUGUGGAAAAGAAUGGUUGUUUUGAAGAUUGCAAAGAAUUUUCUGAUCACGGAGGCCCUCAAUACUCUGGUCGUGUGGGCCAAGAUAACUUAAAUGAGGACAUGAGGCCGGCAUUGUGGAAAUUGCAGAAGGAAUCUCGUAUGGGUAACUUACCAGGUUUGUGUUUCUCUCCUGCUCGAUCUGAUGUGCGAUUUUCUCAGCCUAGUCGUUUCCCAGACCCAAACAAUAUUCCUUGGCAACCAGCUACAGAGCAUGCAAGCAAUGAGACCUUGAGUAAUUUGCGGCUCCGAGCAGAUUCUGUUUUUGUUAGAAACCCGUAUUAUAGGGGAGUUGAAAUGUCGAAUGUAAUCCCAUCAUUCACUAAGCCUUCUGCAACUGAUGCUUUCCUAUUCUCACAAAGAAACGGUGUAGAUUCUAGUAGAGUCAGGGGUGCAUUGAACUUACUAAAUUCUCAUCACUCAAAGCUGCCUUUGGGUAUGGAAAAUCCACUAGGUUAUGACAUUCCUGUUCUCAACAGUAGGUCAGGGGAACUCCUAAACAGUUGGGCUGCUCAAUCUGUACCAUCAAUGAGAAGUAUGCGUGAUCUCCAGGCUUUCAAUUGUGAGGAUAGCAUUAUCAUACAGGGAAAGGGAUUGAAUUAUGUGAUUAACAAGGGAUGUGAUCGUUUAAGAGGACAUAAAAAAGGAUCUGGCAAUGCAAUUGGCCCAGCACACCUACAGGAGAAUAGUUCUGAGAUGGAUGGUCGAUUCCACCCUGGAGGAAUUCCUACCACGAAUUCUGAAAAUGGUUGUAAUUCUAGGGCUUAUUGUCCUUUGCUCCUACCACCAAAAUAUAAUUCCUUGCUGGAAGUCCAGGGUUAUAUCUACUUCAUGGCAAAGGAUCAGCAUGGUUGUCGAUUUUUACAACGGAUAUUUGAUGAAGGGACACCACAAGAUGUGCAAACAAUAUUUAAUGAAAUUAUUGAUCAUGUGGUUGAACUUAUGAUGAACCCAUUCGGGAAUUACCUCAUGCAGAAAUUGUUGGAUGUAUGCAAUGAAGAGCAGAAAAUGCAGAUUUUGCUCAUGGUAACAGAAGAACCAGGCGAGCUUGUCAAAAUCUCUUUAAAUACACAUGGAACCCGUGCGGUACAGAAAUUGAUUGAGACUCUCAAAACCAGAAAGGAGAUUUCAAUGGUUAUCUCAGCCCUUGAACCAGGGUUCCUUCAUCUCAUUAAGGAUCUCAAUGGAAAUCAUGUGGUGUCACGUUGCUUGCAAUGCCUUAGCAAUGAAGACAAUAAGUUUAUUUUUGAUGCUGCUGCAAAAUUUUGUGUGGAUAUAGCAACUCACCGGCACGGGUGUUGUGUUUUGCAACGAUGUAUUGCUCAUUCAACUGGAGAACACCAAGCGAAGUUGGUUGAAGAAAUUUCCACCAAUGGUCUCCUUCUGGCACAAGAUGCUUUUGGAAAUUAUGUUGUUCAAUAUAUCUUAGAGCUGAAGAUACCAUCUGCCACCGCCAACUUGAGUUGUCAGUUUGAAGGGAACUAUGUUCACCUUUCUACACAAAAGUUUAGCAGUAAUGUGGUAGAAAAAUGUCUCAAGGUAUUUGGAGAGGAGAACCGGUCACGCAUCAUUCAUGAAUUGCUCUCAUCGCCUCAAUUCGAACACUUGCUACAACACCCAUUUGCAAACUAUGUCAUUCAUUCUGCUCUAGGAGUUACCAAGGGUCCUCUCCAUGCUUCCUUGGUUGAUGCAAUUCGGCCCCAUGCUUCCAUCUUACGCACCAACCCAUAUUGCAAGAGGAUCUUCUCACGAGCCCUUUUGAAGAAGUGAUGUACAUUUUUGUGGUGGUACGAAGUGAUGUUGUUGUUCUCCAUUAUUACCAACAUAACUUUGUUAUACUACAAUUUGCUAUCUAUGGCUACCAGAUUCAGAAUUCCCAACUGCAAAGAGUCUUGUGCUGAUAACCUGAACAUGAUUGGGAUGAUUCAAGUUGCAUAGGCAUGACUGCCAUGUUUUUGUAGAGUGUAAAAAGAAAUAAGCAAUUUUGCUUUUAGUUGCUUAAUUUUGGAUACACAGAUGUAUCAUUCUGUUGUCCUAGUUAUCACGAUUCUGAAUUGCCAUCUUUCAAAAAUGCAGUGACCACUAUAUGAGGCUGUACGGUGUGGACAGUUUUUUGGUUUUAGCUUACCAAAUGCAAGGGUAURAAUUUAUUGA